AACAGUGAGGUUAUAAUUAUUUCUUAUUAAGUUUUUUGUUUACAAUUGCACAAAAUGUAUAGAAAGUUAAAGUUUACAUAUUUAACAAUUAAUGCAAACUUCUCCACUAGAGUAGCAAUAGAUGCUACCAUCAAAGAAAAUUUCGAUACGAAACAGUUCAAACCUAGGAAACAUCCGGGAACAACUCGGGUAAAGACAGCUGCUGUGCCCCCAGACAUUCAGAAGGCGAUAAAAAUAAUAAUAGAAGAUACUGGAGCGAAAUCUAUGUACCAGGAUAGCAUAAAAUUAAGCAAUUAUCUCCGUUCAAGGCUACUACCACCGGAGGACGACGACAUUAAUGCGAAAGCUACUAAAAUCUACGAUAGUGUUUCUAAAAAGUAUCGUUCUAACAUUAAUGAAGAAUUAACAGUUGAAGAUGAGAAAUACAAGAAAAAGAUAGAGACAUCAGUUUUUAACGUGCUUAAAAAGAAUGUUUACAGGUGGGGUAAUAUUUCAUAUGAUAAACCUACAUGCUUGCAGUAUUUAAUGGCGAGAGCUGCUCCCGAAUAUGCUAUCCUGGUACGUGUGUUGGAUGAAAUUAGAAAAAAAUACCCAGAUUAUAUACCGCGCAGCUUCUUUGAUUUCGGAUCUGGUGUUGGGACUGGUACUUGGGCCAUAAACAAUUUUUGGCAUGGAGAUAUAUUCGAGUAUUUUUGUGUAGACACGUCUCAACAUAUGCAUGAUUUGUCUCGUCUAAUACUGUGCCAAGGCAAAGACAAUGUGGAGUUCCCAUUUAAGAAUUACUUCCAAAGACAAUUCUUACCUGCUUCUUCCGAUUUGAAGUACAGCAUAGUGUUAUCCGCUUACACACUAUUCGAAAUGCCAAGUAUGAAGAGUCGGAUGGAAACAAUACAGAAGUUGUGGAAUAAAACGGAGGAGUUUUUAAUAAUAGUCGAGCAAGGCACGAAUGCUGGGUUCCGAAUUGUAAAUGAAGCUCGCGAGUUUAUAUUAAAUUUGCCAAAGGAUAAGAAUAGUGGUUAUGCAUUUUCUCCAUGCCCAAACGAUAAUGUCUGCCCGAGAUACUUAGAACAUCAGACUCCAUGUAAUUUUAUAAUGAAGUACGAACCACUACCGAUUUCGUCCAAAUCGGAAGUAAUGGCAGAUCUGUUUUCAUAUGUAAUUUUAAGGAAAGGUGCCCGUCCAUCUGACGAUCCCCAAUGGCCGCGGGUUGUACGAGCUCCAAUCGUCCGUUCUGGUCACACCAUUUGUAAAUUAUGUACAGCACAAGGGGAAUUGAAAGAAAUCAUAUUUUCUAAGGCCAAAUACGACCAAACUACGUACAGAUGUGCGAGAUCCAGCAAUUGGGGAGAUUUGUUACCUGUAAAAUAA